AUGGCAACAAAUACUACUUCCCAUCAUCUCACCCCUCCUACACCUCCAACAAGUUCAAGACAAAGAAAUCCUCCUUCACCUCGAACACAGUCUAAAUCUAUAUUAUCAAUAGCUCUCCAAAAAGCGCAGGCAGCUGUACAAUUCGAUGCUGCAAAUAAUGUCGCCGCCGCAUUGGACGCGUAUAAACAAACUGUGGAACUUUUAUUUCAAGUUAUAGAUAAAGCUGUUAACGAGGCUGAUCGUCGGAGGUUACAAUUAAUUGUGAUUGAUUCGUCAGAUAACGAUAACGAUAACGAUUUGAUUUCUUCAGAGCAGAAUGAUGAUGAAAAUGAUAUCACAACACAAAAUUCUACAGAUUCAAGCGUGAAUGCUCAUUCACUUCACAGAGCAGAUUCUGUUGGGCAAAAUUCAGUAUCUGAAAAUGACUCUCAAACAGAUGGUAAUGAAAUAACAUCAAGUUCAUCGAUGAUACGAAAUAUUAAUGGUAAAUCUAUAGAAAUAGACAAUUCACAUAAUAAUAAUGAAACGCAUCUAGCCAACGGAACUGUCCUUACAAAUGGCGUAGGUCAUCAUAAUCGUAAUGAUACUGUGGAUUACAUUACACCUCAGCCUAAAAGAUUAUCGUUGUCACAUCGAUCAAACGCUUCGGUCUCAACUUCAAGGUCCUGGAUAUCAACGGUAUCUGACAAAACGACACCGGCAUCAAUAUUUGAGGUUUCCCUAGACGGUGCAAAGACCGUUGCUGAUUCAAGUGAUAAUGGAGAAUCUACUUCUAGGUCUUCGGACUUAGAUUCUAGUUCUGAAGAUAUAGAUUCUUCUUCCAAUACCAUUAAUGAUUAUUUACAAAGUUCUGAUUCGUAUGGUGCAAGUUCAGAGAUCAUGGAAGAAAACUUGAGUUACCAAAAUCAAGGUUCUUCAUCACAACAACUACAAGAACAAACAGGAAUGGAAGAAAAAAACUCAUCAGCUACGUCACAAGUUAGCUCAUUAUCAAAAUCAUCAUCAUUAAGACUUGGUUCUUCCAGCAGUAAUCGUUUAUUCGUAGCUCCACCACCACCAAAAGUAGCCCCUCCUCCUACAACACCUCCUAGUCCAAGCGAUCAAUUUCGUCAGAAUGAAGCUUCAGUAUUCUCCCCUCCAGAUACAAGUGCAUUGAUGGGAAGAAGAUCUACUUCACCAACCAUAGUACCACCACCAUCUGUGACUAAACAAUCAGCUGCUCUCCAAUCUUCACUACAUGAACCCGUAAAUGAAUCGAUGUUGGGCUCAUCGUCACAGACAAUGUCUGAUGAAGACGACGAUAAAGUAUCUGUAAAGUCUGUUCCCAGUUCAUUUACUCGGCCUUCAUCCUCUUCUAUGGAAAAAUUGCUUGGUAAAGCUUUACCUCAGAGUCGUCGUCCUGCUCCUCUUCCAUUACAAAAUAAUUAUAGUUCUCGCAUAAUACCUACUCGUAUACCUUCUAAUCCCAACCUUGCAGUUACUACAAACAACUCUACUGUUCUUCCAAGAAGAACAGCUUCAAAUCCUGGAAAUACUCCUAAAAAAAUCGGUUCGGUUCGUUUCUUUAACAGUAAUUCCCAACCUUCAUCUAAUCCAUUAUCACAAAUACCGGGAACUCCGUCUUCUCCUUGGAUUAGUAGUUUUAGUAUUAUUUCACCUCCUUUAGGUAGUCCUGGAUUUGGUCCUCAAACAGGAUAUUUUCGUAGUGAGACGCCUUCAUUAUCAACUAAACAUAAUGAUGCAAGUUAUUCGGCUUGCUUGAUAAAUCCUCUUCCAAAUACGUUUUAUUAUGAUGAUCCUCACAUGUCAUCUAAUAACGGGUUAUUCGAACCCACACCCAAUGAUCUUCAUUUAAACCCGUUUUGGUUAAUGAAAAAAUUAGAACGUACAAUGACUACGGGAGGUUAUUUAACUCCGAAAUUAUUUAUUCCUCGAAACCUAUGGUUACAAGGACAUGUUAAGUUGGUUGCUAUAGAUACUAAAAUGUCUAGUUGUGAGGUCGUAUCGACCUGUUUAAUGAAAUUAUCAAAAACAACGUAUAAUGAUAUGGAUAAAUUAGCGAAGGAGCUGGAAUGUAUUGAUCCCAUUCUAGAGGGCCUUCAAAAUUCUCUAGCACGUAAAUUAAAUUAUGUUGAGUCGACUAAUGGUAAAGGUCGACAAAGCACGAGUUCAUUAAUGAAUUGGGGUUCUAAAUUAUCUCGUGGUCUCGAUCGGAUGGGUAUGGGAAACGCUAUGGUUCGUACUGAAGAAGCUAAUGGUUAUGUAGACGUCUUGUUAAAAGUUUUCCAACAAGCAGGAGUUGUUGAGAAUUAUAUACGUCAUUUUACUUCUUUACAAGCACCAUAUCAUCAUCAUCAUAAACAAAUUCUUUCUCGACUUCACAAAUUUGCAGAUUUUUUUGGUAAUGUAAUCUGUAGAUUCGUAGUAAAAGAUUUAGGAGUAUUAACAGAUAAAUAUUAG